UUCUCCCCUUUUUGCUUCCCUCUUCUCAUUUUUUAUUUUAAAAAAUCAUGUAUUCUAUCAGCUCUCGACAACGUGGAAGACGCAGAUGAGUGUAUAGAGUAUGAAAAAGUUGGGUGCUUUUGGGACUUUUUGGUAAAACCUCGCCCUUUGCCGUUGUUGGUAGAAAAUUAUCGUAGUACUUUUGAUUGGAACGAUCCUCGAGAAACCAUCAAGAGGUAAGGCUUAUUAAUUUAAAUGUUUAGCGUUUAGUUCGCUAGAAAGUAAAAUUUAAACGCAACUCUGGGUUAUUUAACAGACAACAUUGAGAGAGAUUUGAGACAGAUUGGUAUUUAACUCCUAUUUCCCAUACCUCAAGAGAUGGUAAUUCUAUGUUGUUUCUGAGACCUCACUCUAGCUGUAACCAGCAUGCCAAUAGUUUCUUCCCAGGGUCUAUAAAUACUGGAACAAGUUACACGGUGAUGUAGUGAAUAUUAAGGAUAACGACAUUUUUAAAUCUGCCGGGCGCGGCCAUCUUAUUAAUCAGGAAGAGUGGUUUUAAUUUUUUAUUUUUAUUCUACUCAAGUGUUUAUUUCAUUAGAGGGAAAAUUUAAUUUUUUUAGUAUAUAAUAAUGUUAUUUAUGGAUCUUUUUUAUCACAAUGUUAUUAUUUUUGUUAAACUGGUGUGAUGCAGUAAUUAACUGCCUUAUUCGGGUGAGUUAAUAAAGUAGAAAUAGAUGUCCCUUUCCUUUUCCACGAAAAUCCCGCAUUCCGAACUUCUUAUAUCACUCUCUCUCUCUCUCUCUUCCGAACUUCUUUUAUCAUCCGUGUUCAAAUUUUGGCAAAUCAAGCUUCCCUGUUAUGGUCCCCAAUAGGUUUUUCGGGAUACGGGAUUUCCCCUAUUUGAAGCUCGGGAUUCAGGAUUUUUAAGCAAAAUCAGAGUGAGAUUGGAGAAUUGAAAGGGUAAGCGGGAGGUGGGAAGCCAAAAAUAACCCUCGGGAUUACGGUAUUGCACGAAGCUUUGGGUCAGGAUUACGGGAUUGAAGAACCUCCUCACUCGUUUUUUGGAAUCAGCCAUUUUUUAGGUGAAUAUUCGACUUCUGAUUGCUUCCUGCCGAAAAUAAACGGAAAUGAAUUAACUAACUAUUAAGAAAAACCAAGCAAGAUGAUACAAGAACAGUAGUUUAUCAAAUUAAAGACGCCAUAAAAAUUAGCAACAAAGGUUCAAACUCGAAAUAAAGUUUUUUAUUGGGUCUCUAAGUCUUUUUUUCUUUUCUGUGGAUCUUUUCACGAACAUUCCUUCAAAAAAAAAAGGUCAUAAGAUAAAAAAAAAACACAAAGAACGAUCACCAUGAUGUAUCGUUAAUUUUUAAAAACGUUACGGCAAACAGUGUUUUUUGGCCAAAAUCUCUCUAAUAAAGGGAUUAUAAAAACUAAGCAAGUGCAACCAUUACCUUUUUUUCUUCCUCUCCUUCCUUCCUCCCCGCUUUUUCUUUUUCUCUUUCUUUCCAGUGUAUUCGAGCUUUUCGGGCGCAAAACCCUAGCUAACUCAAAUGAAAGCAAAUUCGAUAGGUUCGUUUUAAAACAAUCGGCUAGAUGUAGUUCCCUAAAGGUCUACGUAGAGAAUAGAGCGGAGAAUAUGUUUUGCUGGAUUUUUGAGAACGUUAGCCCCGAAUAAAACUCCUCCAUGAAGUCUAUCUCCAAAGUAACCAAUUUAAGAACUAAGAGUAAACUAUUUGUUGUUGUUGUUGUUGUUGUUUUCAAAUGACUAAGUUGCUUAACCCUUUAAGUCCCAAUGGUGUCCAACAUCAAUUUUCUCCUAACCAUAUCCAUUGAUUGUCAAGAGAUUUGGUUAUGAGAAUUAAUAAAUUGAUCACCUAAGAGAAAAUGCUUUGAUCUUUCAUCAAAUUCUCUCAACUCAUUCUUUAAGGAAAUGUUUGGAGAAUUUGUAUGUGGAUAUUGGGGCUUUAGGGAGCUUAAGCAACAACGUUUUUGAGCGACGCACGUCAACCGGAAGUGGCCUUUUUUCAUUUUUUGACGGUGGUUUCGCGCAAAUUUUCAGUCAAAUUGCCUGUAUAACAGUAAACAAGCUAAGGAAUACAAAUUUUAUAUCAUCAAGGCAUGUUAAGAGGGGAAAUACCUCACUUCCGGUUGACGUGCGUCGCUCAAAAACGUCGCUGCUUAAGCUCCCUAAUGUGCCUUGAAAAUUAUCCACCAAUGUAGAGAGGUCUCGAACUGCGCCAGAAAAAUUUCCCAAAGAGGAUAUACUUAUUUUGGUCUUCAAUUCUACGGCGAAUGUUGGAGCGGUGAAAACGCAACGAAGACAUUUGACAGAGAUGGAAGCACUGAUCGUUGUCUCAUGGUCGUCAAUAACAAGGACUACGAAAAAUGUGACGACAGUAGAGACGAACUGUGCGCAGGAAUUGAAUUUUCAAAUUAUGUCUACAGAAUUAUUCAUGCAGGUAUGCUGUUUCAUUUUUAACAACUUCAACUUUCAAUCCCUCCUUGAUUUCACUUACUGGUAAAUGAAAUCCCGGAAACUAAUAUAAGAAAACGCUUUACGCGUUUGGCCGCGGUGGACGCGCACGAUCAUUUUCGUCUCUCACGCGUUUCGCCCGACGGACUAAGGGUGGAUUUCCUCCGCUGAGUACUUUUUACGUGCGUAAGCACGUAAAUUUACGCGCGUACGUAAAAAUUACGCGACAAAGAAAAUUCACCUUAAAAAAGGCAGACUGUUUCUAGUCUAACGCGUGGGGAAUCAGACGAAAUUGGCCAAAAAAGAGAAAGGUGAUUGCUGAAAAAAUAGUAUUUUGGUAGGAAAAUUAUAGACAUUGACGCUUUUGUUGUCACCAUAACAACUUCAACUUCUUCAUUCUUUUCUUUAUACCCGUUUUUUGAGGGAAAACUAUGAUUUAAAUCCUUAAACGAUUAUUUCAGUUUGUAAUAAGGGGCAAAGAAAUACACCCCAUCGUAUGUCCGAAAGAGGUCAUUAUUUAGACAUAAGGGACGGUCUUUUCAUGUGCAUUGUACGCCACGCAAAUAAUUUAUCGAGAUACAAUUCACGAGAGCCACGUCGAGACUGUUUUAAACCCGCCUGUUUACACGGCUCCGGACCAAUUUUUUACCUGUGCAACCCGUUCGGAACAAUACAAAUUCUACAACAGUACUGUUGUCAGGUGUCCUUACACAGUUUUCCAAGUGUCAGCAUUAGAAUGGCCUUUUUUGUCGCUUUUUUGCCAAAGGCGCAUAGCUAGACUCCGUUCUAUUACCGCGUGAACUGUGUAAAAACUUGAAUGGUUCAGGUGUUUGGUCCGCGUAAGAAUGAAUUUUGGCCUACCUCUGAUCAGGUUAAACGCUUGCACAUUUUGCCGUUCAAAAACUAGCGCGGUUCAGUCGGUCCCUUGUAAACGAAAGGGGGAUCUUUGGCAGUUUUUUUCCGUUCAAAAAUUCGUCAGGACCGUCCUGUGUUAAUUGGGUCUUAUGUUGAAAAAAGAUUGAGGCUCUAGAAGCGAAAGAAACGGUGCGCAUUUCGUGUUCCUAAAAUUUCCGUGUGUAUAACGAAUUUAACAACGUACUCCACCCAUGUUAAUUCUUUGCACUUAGUUUAAGGCGUGACUAGCCCCUUCUUAAAAACGAAAUUUUUUCACUAGACACGAUUUUCUUUGUGAAGUAAAUUUCGUAAAAAAAUAUUGACCACCGGAAAAGUGGUUUAAUGAUAAUAAUGUAGCUGUUUAGUAAUAAUGAUACCUGUAGUUCUUCUCAAAGUUUUCUAGCCAUCGAGUUAAAAUCGAAAACACUUUGACAAAACGUUCGUCAUAGUUCAAUGCGCCUUUUUUUAGUGGCGGAGCCACUUCAAACUCUUAACUCCAACCUUCACUGGUAGCGUUGAAACCUAGUAUCGAACAAGAAUAAUACUUUUUAAUUCAUUCGUUAUUUUUUUGUUUUAUGUUUUUGUUUUUCACGAUUUUUUACCAGUUGGCGGUAAUUACACUGUAAGGGGCACCUUUGUUCCUGUGUUACGUUAACGUUUCCAUAAUUGUUGCAGUUGAUGGUAUGUUUUCUGCCUGGUCUGGCUGGAGCCAGUGCAGCGCAAGUUGUGAAGAAGGGCAACGAAAAAGAACGAGAUCAUGCAACAACCCUUCGCCAAGCAAAUGUGGAAAAAAAUGCAUCGGUAACACCGAGGAAGUUGUUCCCUGUAAUACUCAACCUUGUUCACGUAAGAUUUUUUAACUAUGGUCAUUUUUGGCUGAAACAUUAAACAGCUUAUUACCGACCUGGGCACCCACCCGAUCUUCUCUUCCGUAGUACCCUUUAAAUAGCAAGCCGUAACCGAGAAUUAUAUAUUAUUUAGUGAAAUUUGAAAUAUGUACAGCAAUUUCGAGAAAGGUUGUCGGAAAAAGUGCACGCGCCAAUCUCGAAAGGUAUUGUGGGUGGUUUUGAGUUCACUGUUCUUCAAAGAAAUUUGAGAGAAUGGCACGAGAGACCAUGGACAAAUGUUUGCGAGUGCUAAAGGAAAGCAACAAAAGUAGGUUCGAAGGCUACAGUGUCAGGAACAGUGAAUUGAUCGUAUCCCACAUAAUUACCUCUCGGGAUUGUCGCGUGCACAAUUUUUUCCGACAACCUUUCUCGAAAAAGGUGUAUGCACAAGGAGCCCAUGAUAUGCAGUACUCACGCAAGACAAGCUGAAAUAAACAACAUUUUUCUGGAGCCUCGAAACUCUCGGACACCCCUGCUUUCAUUGACUGCUGAUGUUUCAAGAGUUACAAAAAUUGUUUGGGUCAUUCGUCUAUUGUUUCGGUUGUUUCUUGUUGUUGCGGAAGCUAUUUAGCCCAAUAAUUGGAUUCGGCUUUCGUACAUAAAUGUAUGAUCUGCAGAAACAUGAAGAUCACUAAGGGUGUUAUGCACUGAGGUCAAUUAGGCCGCCGAGGCGGAUUAUACCCUCCAAGAUCUUCUUAGUUCUGCAGAUCAUCCGAGAGCAGAAUCUCAUAAUUGCCUUAUUAUUCAUUUAAAAUAAUUCCUAGUUUAGAAAUAAGCUAAAACAUGCUUACCUCCAUCGAAAACUGGCGAGUGACCACUGUAAAAUAAUUCCAGUUAGGUACAGUUUGAAACUUCGGAGAUAAUUUCGCCUGCGAGCGAGCUCUCAGCAGCGCUCUGGCAGCACGGGGGGAGGGGGGAGGAGAGCUUGCAGCCACGUCUCUGGAAUCUGAAUUCCACUUUCAAUUCCCAUGUGGCUCCCCGUCGACUGAGCUUUCAGAUUUCCGCCAAUCAAUGCGAAGCGGAAACGAGCACGAAUGUAAACAAACAUUAAAAAACACGUGCGCCAAGGGUAAUGACGCCAUUAUUAAUGUCAUCUCCGCCAAUCAGCAUUUCGCAUCUACUUUUUCGAUGCAGAUUUUCAAAUUUCAGAGACGUAGUUGCAUGUUGUCCUUCCUUUUCCCACCGCGACGCCAGAGCGCUCCGGAGAGCUUGCUCACGGGUUAGAGAUAGUUUGAAUCAUAGUAAAACUGGCUCCAAUAAUAAAUAAGCUUCCAUGUGAUUCCAUUUUACCAGCACCAGAACCCUGUGAGGAUACCAAUUCAGACUGCAAACUUUAUGAGGAACUGGGACUAUGUAACAACCCAGAUGUGAUUAAAAACUGCAGAAAAUCUUGUGAAGAAUGUUCUUAA